AUGGGAUCUUGCUCCUCAAGAAAAAUAUAAACAAACAAUUCUUAACAUGUGAACAAUAUGACAACAAACUCUUAGGGUCCUUCUAGGAUAACAUGGGCUAAUAUGUUAUUACUAUAACAAAAAGAAAGAAUAAUUCAGCCUUACAACCCCAACAGUUCAAAUAAAAUAUAUUACAUUAGGUCUCCAAUAUUAAUAUAAUGUUGAAGUAGAAGGAGUAAUUUUUGAUAUCAUUGCUCCUCCAGACUUAUUAGAUGAUGACAAUUUGGAGCCAAUUGAAGAGGAAGAAUGA